AUGUUGGAUAUUUUGCAACCUUCCGUUGGAUUUCUUCUUAGUCAGUGUCGUUCUGGAGCUAUGUUCACAUUCACGGCUUCCACUACGCAGAUAUCGCACUUGGCAGAUAUCUUCCUGGCCAUUUCAUCCAUAAAUAACCAAGCUUUGAUGAUAAUAUCGCCCAGGGGCAUUACUCUUUAUGCAGAACUGAAUCACAUUGCAAAUGCCCUGCUGACUAUUGAUCCGGCGUUGUUCUCUACAUACAACUUCUAUUCUGAAGAUACUAGUAAUAACACGCAGUACGAGCCAAAUGUGAAGGAAGAAUUGACACUAGGAGUAGACAUUAAGUUGAUAAGUGAUUCGUUCGGCAACGUGCCGUCCCAGUCUUCUUCAAAUGUACAGAGAGAAGGUUCCAUAUCCAGUGCGAAGAGUAACUCCGUCACUAACAUGAGCAACACCAAUAGCGGUAGUCAUACUAACAGCGGAAUGGUCUGUUAUAUGACUUACAAUGGUGAAGGAUUUCCCUUAAUAAUCGAAUUUGAGGAUUCGAUGAUAAGUGAAAAAAUUGAGUUCCUAACGUUCUACACUGACUUACAAUAUCCGUACGCAGAAGACGAAGACAGUGAAACCCCUGAAAACUCUUUGACAAUUAACCAUCUGGAGAUUCAAUUUGAGUUGAUCUUGAAAUGUGACGUGCUAUCUACCUUGUUGAGAGAUUUGCAGAGAAUUAAUACUACAGAACUCUACCUUUACGUAUCGAACCAAAUCAAGACACUAGGUCGCAAAACACAAUUUGGCGGGGGACCGCAAAUUGUUGACAAUCAGGUCAAUUUCAUAUCCAAGGGUCCAAUUGGCCUUCUGAAGCUUAUAUUCCCAAAUGAAAAGACCAUUUUGGAAAAGAUUGAGAUAUUCGGAAGAUCUUCUUCUUCUUCUUCUGGUGGCACCAAUACCAUGACGCCAAUCAACUCGUCCAUUAUAUCUGUCUACAAUUUCAACCACUUCAAUAAGAUAUUCAGGUCAGUUAAGCUAUCUACCAAAUGUAAAAUAAGUAAAGAUCUUGGGGGAACAUUGUCUGUUCAGUUGCUAUCCAAAAAUCUUAGACUUCCGAAUUAUUCAGGAACUUUGAUAACUUUUAACAUGUUGGCGCUAACCUCGACUGACGAAGGUGAGCACAUGCUGGUCAAUUUGAAUAAUGUGUUUGACAAGGAUUCCUACGAGUAUAUCAGAGAUUUUGGGAAAACGGACCUAAGCAACGCUCCCGACAGGGUCGAUUCUUCAGCAAACAAAAGACAAAGACUAAAUUUGGACGAAUAUGAGAGGAUAGAUCUUCAAAUUGAUAGAACGAGGGAUGAAGAUGAAGGGCGAGAGUCCGAACCAGAGUCUGGACCAAGGGGAUUGAUAGAAAUUCCGCUUUUCCUCUAG